AUGGCAACGCGCAAGAAGUAUCACCGAAUUAGUGUCUCUUCAGGGGAAGAAGGUAUCGACAAGCCAUUCGCCUUGCUUAUGGAUAUCUUGAAACGACCUAGCUUGGGUAAUUACGUGCGCCAUAUCGAAUGCUGCAAAGCAACAUCCAGGCAUAUGGAUUACAAGGAAGCCAAUUCUCAACGGGAUUUAAGCAACGAGGAGAUGAUUCUCUUGCGAAAAGCGGCCAGAAAGGGUGGAUUCAAAGGCCCCCAAGGGGAUCGAGUGGUCAAUAUGCUUAUGCAGAGAAUGGAACAAACGGCAACAUUUGGCGACUAUCGACAGCGUGAGAGCCUUGGGACAUUCAUAACCCAAGCCUUGACAUCUAUUCUGAUUGUGGUAUCACCGAAUGUUGUGUCGAUGGCCAUGACGCAUCCCUCUGGCCUGAGUUCCAACCACUUAAUCGACUUCCCGCUUGCCGAGCUCCUUCGCCAAGCUAAUGCCAGUCCCGAAAACAAGCCUUAUCUUCGCAACCUCCGCAGUGUUUAUCUCAUCAAUAAAAGCGAUGAUCGUUGGUCUGAUAGCCGUUUUUAUCUCCCAAUGGACUUUUCUGGCUGCUUGAGAUUAUUUGACAAUCUCCUGUCAAUUGAAUCCGUCCGCGUUGAUAUAAUGGAGGAGGAUCCGAACGGAAAUCUUGAAUUCAAAAAGAAAAGAUCCAAUAUCAGCAAGAUCUCCAUCCAUCAUUCGUCUGUUGACUCGCUGUACCUUGCCAGUCUGAUAUGGUCGUGCAAGGUCCUCAGGGAAUUUCAGUAUUCUAUCGGAGGUAGAGCGAGCAUCGAUGGGUGCUCUUCUACCUUCAACCCCAAAGCAUUCAUCAAAGUGCUUUGCGCGCACAAGGAAACGCUGGAAAUCCUUGAUGUCGACGUGGAAAAUGAGAUUUAUAGGUUCGAAAUCGAGGAUGAGGAAGAGAGAGACGACCAAUUCAAUCAAGACGGGGGCCCCUUUGAAUACAGCAUCAGUGAUGAAACCUGUACAUUCUACAAAUUGAUAUGGACAUACGGUGGCUCGCUGAAAGAAUUCGUGGCCUUGAAACGGUUGAGCUUGGGAAUAAACUUUCUGUUAUACUUUGCCGCCGGCAUUAGCGGAGAACCCUACAAGAAGAGGGAUAAGUUGGAUCUGGUAGACUGUCUACCAGUUGGACUAGAAUAUUUGUGUGUUCGGGGAUACGAGAAAGGCGAGAACAAGGAGCACGAUGAGCAGAUGGAUGCGUUGAUGGCGUUUUAUAAGUCUGGGUCAUCCCAACUGAAAGAGGUCAAAGGAAUCGAUGAAUUGAUUCCUAAUGCCGAGGUGGUUCAUGACCCAGAUAAUGACGAUCAUUUGCUGUGGUCGUUGGAGGAAAUUGGAUAUGAAAGUGAUUAG